UGCUUGCUUCAUCCUCUGUUCUGUAUCCAAUCAUCCCAAUUCUGUCCAGGAGAAUCCUCACGCCAGAGUCACGACAUAAGGAUACUCUCAAAAGUGGUCACUUGCGCACUUUGGUGUACAGUCUCCCGAGAAGUGGCGGGCGACUUCGGCACCCUGGGUUUUGCUUGUCUUUUUAAACUUGUUGAGAUGUUGGAUAUGUGAUUCCUUACUUCUUCUUGGAUGGUGUGUUUUCAUUUGUGAAUAAUCGUACAAUUUAAAGAUGACCUGCUUUCAAUCACUGGACUUCAAAGUUUAACAUGAAACUCUCUGAAGAGAUGGAUAUGGACAAUGGAAGUAUUCCAGCUGAUGCUAUGAAGAUUAAAUCCCCUUCUCACCUUACAUCUGACAAUAGUCUCAAACCACAUUUGCCUACCCAGAAUGGUAUCAAGCACCCAGCUGAAAAUGUUUCCAAUGGAAAUACCUCUCUUGAUAAUAGCCCUGAAGCAACUUUGGAUGAGAAUGCCAUUGGCUUUGAGGUAGAAUCUUAUAGUGACUUCAAUACCUCUUUGUCACAUGGUAGCUUUUCCCAGAUCAAGGGUGACUCUGGCAGCGUUGAGUUGAAUGGGAACAAUCAUUCUUCCAAUGAUGGUGACAAUAGAGAAAAUAGUAAUAAAAUUUUUAGUGACGAAAGUUGCACUGAGUCAACACACAAUUCUUCUCAUUUAUCGGAAGAAUUUCAGUUGAGAUUGUCAGAUGAUGAUAGUAAUCAAUUGGCAGAAGCUGUCAGUAGCUCAACUCCAUUCCAAUCAGUGGCCGAUGUCACCAAAGAUGAAGAUGGAACCAUUUUAGCAGGUUCCAAAUCAAUUGAGAGUACCUCACUUGCUAGAGAUCUUUUGGUCAAGAAUGUCUCUCUUGACUUGAAGCCAAACAAAGAUAAUGAAGUUGAUGUUCAUCUAUUUAAGUGUACAGGAGAGGAAAGUUUAGAAACACCUUGCAAAGACUCUCAGGGGGAACCAAAGGUGCAAGAUAAUAGUGAGGUCAAGAAAGUAAACACACCUAAUUGUACAGGCCAUGAUGUGGCGAAUGAAGAAGGAAGUCACUCUACAGAUGUUGAAAGCCAAACUACUGAUGUGCUUAAGGGAAGUGAUGACUCAAUGCCAUCUUCUAGCCAGCCAGAAAACUGUACAAAAAAACUACUGUCUCUUGAAGAUACCUUGGAAGCAGAGCUUGAAGCAGAACUUCAAGCAGAGAUUGCUGCUGAAAUGGAAAACAAGGAUAAGAUUGAAGCCAAUCAGAAAAAUGAUAGUGUACAUGGCAUGUGCACUACAAUACCCUCUGAAAGAGAUUCAGAUGUGAGUUGUCUCAUCCAAGAAAAGACUGAAGUGACUGACACAAGGCUUAUUAAAUCUAAUAUAUCCAUUGAUAUUUUACAGGAGAAAGAUCUAUCAAGUACUACAACCCAACCUUGCUCUUUAGUAAUUUCUGUGAUAAAAACUGAGAAGGAAGAUGAAGAUAAAGGGGAAUAUUUGUCUAUCAAAGAGGAAGUAUUGCUUAAAAGUGAAGAAAUGUUCCUGGAUUGUGAUGAUUUGCCCAUCAAAAAAGAAAUUAAAAUUGAGCCAUUGGCUUUAAAAAGUGAAGAAAGUCAUGUUAAAAGUGAACCAAUAGCCCCUAAAUGUGAGCCUUUAAAAAGUGAAGAUUGUCCUGUUAAAACUGAAGGGAAUCUAGAUGGGAGCAGAACACAAACAUUGAAAAGUGAGUUCCAACCUGUGGCUACCAUCUCUUCUGUAAUGUCUGUCAAAAGUGAUGAUUCAUUACCACCAUGUGGAGAUACCUCAAACAAGAGUGAAGCUCCUGUUGCUGCGAGUAGUCAAGAUAGCAGUGAAGUAAGAGGACUGGAUGCCAUGUCAAGAGAACAGGCUGAGAGUGAAGCUAAUAAAGAAGAUGCGACGAGCAGUCAAGAUAGCAGUGAAGUUAGAGGACUGGAUGCCGUGUCAAGAGAACAGGCUGAGAGUGAAGCUAAUAAAGAAGAUGGGACGAGCAGUCAAGAUAGCAGUGAAGUUAGAAGACUGGAUGCCGUGUCAAGAGAACAGGCUGAGAGUGGAGCUAAUAAAGAAGAUGUGGGGGAAGCUCAGGAGGAACCCAACAAAAUUGUUGAAAACAACAUUUCAAGUCAGCAGCAGGAGACACCUCAAAGUCUAAAUUUUCCGGAUGAGGAAAGUAGAUCACACGAAAGUGAUCAAAAUGUCAGUAAUGAGGAAGAAGAAAUCCAGUCGAAGAAUUUGGAUGCUUACUCAGCAAGUCUCUCUGAGCCAAAUUCGCCAUUCUCUGAUGAAUCUGAUUGUCCUGUGUCAGACAUUCAUGUAGAAAGUGAUGAUGUGAGUGUUAACGGGGAUGGACUUUUGAAUGAAAAUGAUUCUGAUACAAUGUGUGACAAUGACACAAUGAUGACUGAUGAAGUCGAAAGUAGUGAGAAGAUGGACACAGACAGAGCCAAAACACCUGCUGUGGAAAACGUUUCUAGUUCAAACCUAAAUGAUAUGAACCUCAGCGAAUCAUCAAAUUUUUGUGAUUCUACUGUUCUCGAUACAUCAUGUACUGGUGAUAUAGUCAGUCAGGAUCGCUCAAACAGUGCCAAUGAAAACAAUGCAACAAAAGGUUUCCGAAAAAGGUUUUUGAGCCAUUCAGAGGACGAUUCAUGUGAUACAUUUAGGAAUAAAAAGUCUAAUGGGCUCUUAGAAUCUGAAGAAAAAAGUGAAAAUAGAAAAAGUUUUAAUGAGACUAGCCACAAGAGACCUGCAGAACACGCUCCAGAUAUAGAUUCUAAAAAGCAAUGUUUCAGUCGUAAAGAUCUAGCUAAGCAGCCAGAAGAUGAAACGGAAAAGGAGCAAAGUCAAACUGAGAUGUCGAAUGAAAAUUGUCCAACUCAAACAAAAGAAAAUCUGGAGGAUUCAACAUUUGAACCUCUUGAAGAAUCAGAUAAAAGCCUAGAUCUAGCUGGUCCAACAGAUUUGCCUUUCCUGAGAAAAAUGCAUAAAAGACAAUUUUCAAAAAUGAGUCGGAGUGACUUGGAAGAACUUAUUCUUCAGAAGAUGUGUGAAGCCAUUACCGAACGUAGUUUAGUUGGAGAACUCAGAAUCCGAUGUCAAGCUUUGGAAAUCCGACAAGAAAAAGAGAAUGAAAAAUUCAAUAAACUUAAGAAACAGAUGACUGAACUGAGCAUUGUAAUGAGGAAAUACAUGGAUAAUCAGAGACUGCACAAGCCUACACCACCAAUUAGAGUCACUAGAUCUGUUGGGCUUCAAGUAUGCCCUGCUGUCAAACUUUGUUCACCUUCAUGUUUCUCUUCUAUACGGACAAGAGGCUGCCAACAGGCAGGUCAGGCAAUUAAUCAAAAUUGGCCUCCUAAACAAAGUGUUACUCCUUCAAAACCGGACUCAUCAUUACCUGACACCCCUUCUCAAGUCCAGCAGGCAAAACAGGUGACACCUAAUAAAGGAAGUCCUCGGCCAGCUACCAAUAUCGUCUCGUCUACGGUUCCUCCAGCUUUAGUUCCUACUGGAAGCAGCAAUUCUACCGUGCUGCUUAUGCCUGGAAGAGCUGUCAUGACACCCCCUCGAGUGCAAGUGCCACCCUUGCAACAAAUUUCGACUAUACGGCCCAGAUUCAGUAUUCCCACUUCAAUUGCCGCUACACCGCCACCACCAGUGAUACCAACACAGCAAAUAUCUCCUGUUAGACACAGUUCCCCUCAAAGUACAACUCAGCAGAAGGCAGCAGGGAGCACUGAUGUUGAAGUAAUAGAUAUUGAAAAUGAAGACCAUAGUAAAAGAUCAGCUGGACUGCAGAUAUCUCCUCAACAACAUCAGCAUCAGCAGAAGCAGGCAGCUAACGCAGCUGCUCAGUCUCUUGCAGGAAAUAGUGGAAUGACUGUUCGUCUCAUUUCACCUACUCAGGCCACAAUUCCCACUGGCUAUUCCAAUUUCCUGGUACCAGCUCAAGGAAAUAUGCCUCAGAAAAUGAUAAUUGCUUCACCACCACCAGGAAAUGGAAUUAGAGGUAACUUCAAAUUUGUUAUGAAGUCUAGCCAAGGGAAUGUAAUCAUUCCAAUUCAAAGUAAUGGAGCAGCUGUGUCUAGCAGUGUUGUUCAAAUUCCAGCGUCAGCGGCUGUGCAGCAAAUUUUCACCAAUGCUGGCGCAGGGAAGAGAACUAACACAAUAGCACCAGCGCGACCAAACUCUUUAGUUCAUCCUGCUCCUCUCCCUGUUGGACCACCUUUACAAGCUCAAAAUCCGGCAUGGAAGCAGAUACCUCCUCGUCCGAAUUUGAAAAUUCAGCAUCAAAACAAUGGAAUUGUCCUUUCAUGGAACAUGGCCUUGGGCUCCCAAUAUGCAGAUAUUGAGAGCUAUCAAUUGUUUGCAUAUCAAGAGGGUGCUGCACCACCCAAUCCAGGGCUUUGGAAGAAAGUUGGGGAUGUAAAGGCACUGCCUUUACCAAUGGCUUGCACCCUCACUCAGUUUGUUGAAGGACACAGGUACCAUUUUACUGUCCGGGCGGUAGAUAAACAUGGCCGAGUUGGACCCUUCAGCCAACAAGGGAGCAUCCGGUUAGGAAAUUAGUUGUAUUUAGAAUCAAUUGAGACUGAUUUGUGUUCAUCCUCCUCUGUUUUUACGAGGGCGGGGGAGAGAUCCUCGCGUGACUUGUCCAACACUUUAAAUGUAAGGUCUUUUAUCAUAAUUAAUUUUAAAUUCUUUUUAUGUUAUGUACAUUUGUAAGUAUCUAUGCAAUUCCAGUAUUUGUGAUGUGUUAUACUGUUUGUAAAGCAAUUAUUUGUUUCUUGUAUAUCAGUGUAUAUGAACUUUUUGUACAGAUUCUUCCAAUUUAAUAAUUGGUAAAAUAGACAUUGUUUUCACUCAGCUUCGAGUUUUGAACAUACGAGUUUGAAAUCAAUAAUUUGUUUGUUGUGGAAGGGUGCAACCAAAGGUAGCAAAAUUAAAAUAACUAAUUCGGUUAAA